CCCCCGACCGCGCCGCUGCGCCGCCGCCGCCGCCGCCUCCACCCCUCCGCACACCGCGACGCCACCCGACACACCACGCGCGGAGCCGCCGGCUCCACCCCCGCUCGGCGGCUAUCCGGGCCCCGCGCCGGCGGCGCGCCCCCGCCCGCGGCGCCCAUCCCACCCCUGGAGGCGCGGUAGCCGCCGCUUCUGCCUCUCUCCAUGGCCGCCGCCGCCUCCAGAGGUGCGGCGGUCGGUGGCUCGAACCCUAGCGGCGAUGGCGGCGGCCCCAGGCUCCAGUCGCCGCCGGGCAAGGGGAACAAGCCCGCCGCGCUCAUCGACAUCACGAAUACCGGGAAGCCCAACGCCUCCAGACCCAUCAGCGGCGCCGACAUCAUCAAGGAAAACGUGAGAUUGAGUCAUCUGCUUAUGGAGAAGAUUAAGAUCAUUGAGCUAAGCAAAAUUGAGAUGCACAAGCUCCACCUCGCGCUGCAAGCAUCACGGCAGCAGAACCUGCAGCUCGCGCAGGCUAAUUCUCAGAUGCUCGCGGAACUAAAUACAGGAAAAGAUAGACUCAAGGAAUUGCAGCAUGAGCUUUCUUGUACAGCAGCACUGCUUAAGGUUAAGGAUUCUGAGAUCGAGCGAUACAAUAAGACUGCUAACCAACGGCGGGAGGAAGUAACUUCACAGGAUAUCUUGAAAGCUAUACCUUCCAAAGUUUCAGCAGCUGUGGCUCAUAGAAUAGAUGGCUCCAUAAUCAGUGCUGUCAUUGAAACUCAAUCUGCAGAACCAUCAAAUACUGGCUGCCAAGAGCCACCACAAUAUUCAACGAAAAAUAGAAAUAAACGGAAGUCAGAAACAAGUGAACGCGUAAAGGACACUAACAUAGUGCAGGAUGACUACAAACCUAAUUUGCAGCCUAUUAUGUCAUUGUAUCAUGAAGAUCCGAGGAAGCCUCAACGGAGGAGGUCUUCUAGACUUAACCAAGGGUCUUGUGAAAUCAACAAAGUAUCUGACAAGGCAUUGCUUGAGAACACUGAAGUUUCUUCAGCUCCUUCCACUUUAAGUGUUCAGAAACGGCAUGGACCAACCAUUGGAAAAGAUAUGGGGAAGCCACGGCAAAAUGAGUGCGAUGCAGUAGUGAAUGGAGUAGUAAUGGCUUCAGAAUUCAAAGAAAUUGAGAUAGAUGAGCAACCGUCGCAGGAAGCCAAUUUGAAGGAGAUACAAGAAGCAUGUUCCAGUGCGGCUGCAGUUGAGUCUCAUCAAGUUGGUGAUGAGGCCCGCAAUGCCAAGCAGAGCCAUUUGGCAGACAGUCAAGCAGUUGGGCAGUCUAAUAUCAUUGAGCCCCACAAGCCACCAGAAGACACCAUAAAAAGGAAACCUCAACGGAGGUCUUCUAGACUUAACCAAGGAUCUUGUGAAAUCACCGAAGUAUCUGACAAGACAUUGCUUGAGAACACUGAAGUUUCUUCAGCUCCUUCCACUUUAAGUGUUCAGAAACAGCAUGGACCAGAUAAGGGGAAGUCACUGCAAAAUGAGUGCAAUGCAGUAGUGAAUGAAGUAGUAAUGGUUUCAGAAUUUGAGGAAAUUGAAAUAGAUGAGCAACCGUCGCAGGAAGCAAAUUUGAAGCAGAUACAAGAAGCAUGUUCCAGUGGUGCUGCAGUUGAGUCUCAUCAAAUUGGUGAUGAGGCCCACAAUGCCAAGCAGAGCCAUUUGGCAGAAAGUCAAGCAGUUGUGCAGUCUAAUACCAUUGAGCCCCACAAGCCACCAGAAGACACCAUCAUCAAAAGAAAGUGUAUGUGCAGGGACUCAAAUAAACAGAAGUUGGCAUUAUAUGAAAGGGAAUCAGAUAUAGAAGACAUAAAUGCCAAAAGUGACACGAGUACAAGUGGGACAUUGCACCAUGAAAAGAAGACGAAAUGUCAAAGGAGAAAAUCUUCAAGAUUGAAUCCCGCACCCUCUGAGGAAAUGAAGAGCACUUUUGAGACUCUAAAGGAAGAUGCUGUUGCUCCUUUGGCCCCUUCCAGUUCGAAUGCCUCCAUGGAGCAGAUGGCAGCUCUAAAGCAGAAUGACGCUUGUUCCUCUAUGAAAUCUACUGAAGGGCAUGUGCCAGGGAGGAGGUCUUUGAGGCGGGCUGCUGAAAAGGUUGUCUCCUACAAGGAGAUACCCUUGAACGUUAAGAUGCGUCGACCUUAAGAAACAAGAACCCUCCCUUCAACUACAAGAAGAACUUUAACCUUAACUACAAGAACAGUUCAUUUCACUGUAUUUUGUGUAGGUAUGUUGUACGUUGCUGUCUUAGCCAGCCUUAGCAGGUAUCUCCCCAUUUUUGUAUGCCCCAAAAAUAGGAUUUGUAUGACAGAUUGCACAUGUUACAGCUUUGUCAAUAUUUGUUGACACCAUUGUUCUUCGGAUCGUGUAGUACUGCAGCUGACUCUAGUGAGAGAUGUAACACUAUCUUUUGAGCUGUUCUUGCCGUCAUAUGAUUUAUGAAUAAUGGCUGUCGUGCAUGCUGAGCUCA